CCACCCCAACCCACCUGUUGCAAGACUUCCGCCUUUCUCUUUCUUCUGCUUCGACUUCAGUUACUUAGGCAAAGCCGGUCGUACCCUGAGCGGCGGCGACGGUCGCAUGGAAGUGAACGAGGUGGAUUUCUUCUCGGCUGAGAGGAGGAAGGCCGUCGGCAGGGUGGAGGCCGAUCUCGGCCCAAAGGUGCCGAGUUCUUGCAUCAAGAAGGAGGAUCUCACCAUCGCCGGGUUGAACCUUCUGAUCGGUAACGCCCGCAGCGACCUGUCCACGGUGGACGACGCGGUGUUGCAGGCCGACGACCGCAAAGAGAGCAAGAGCGAGCUGGCGGCCAUGCGAGACGAGCUGGCGCGCGUGAAAGAGGAGAACCAGAAGCUGAGGGAGAUGUUGAACCAAGCGAUCAGCAACUACAACGCCCUCCAGAUGCAUCUCACCGCGCUGAGGCAGCAACACGAUGUUGUUGAUGGAAGAGUCGAGGCCAAGAACGAUGAACAUGGAGAGGUCCUCGUGCCAAGACAGUUCAUGGAUCUCGGCCCAGCUGGGGAUGCCGAUGAACCAUCCCACUCGUCGACGGCUACCCGCGACCGCCCUUCUCCCCCGCCGGACAAUGGCGGAGUCAGAUCGAUGGACUCCGAGCGACGCAAAAGGAGCACCGACAAGGAGAUUGUCCCACCACCUGAUCACCCAAACUCUAACAGGGAAGAGAGUAGCACCGAGCAAGCUCAUGAAGCCAUCAUGAGGAAAGCCCGUGUAUCCGUUCGAGCUCGUUCUGAUGCACCCAUGAUCGCUGAUGGAUGUCAAUGGAGGAAGUACGGGCAGAAGAUGGCGAAAGGGAACCCCUGCCCCCGGGCUUACUACAGAUGCACCAUGGCCGCCGGCUGCCCCGUUCGCAAACAGGUGCAGAGGUGCGCUGACGACCGCUCCAUCUUGACGACGACGUACGAGGGCACGCACAACCACCCGCUCCCCCCGGCCGCCAUGGCGAUGGCGUCGACGACUUCGGCCGCGGUGUCGAUGUUGCUCUCGGGGUCGAUGUCCAGCCCGGAAGGGCUGAUGAAUCCCAGCUUCAUGGCGAGGACGGUCCUGCCUUUCUCGUCGAGCAUGGCGACCAUAUCGGCGUCGGCUCCGUUCCCGACCGUGAUGUUGGACCUCACUCACCGCCCGGACGCCACGCAGCUGCAGAGACCGGCACCGGCCCAGUUCCAGUUCCCGUUUCCCGCCGCCGCCGCUGCCGGCUACUUUCCGGUGCCGAAUGCCUCUGGCCAGACUCAUAUCAACCAGUCAAGGUUCUCAGGGUUGCAGUUGUCUGCGGCGAUGGAGGCUUCGGAGUUCCCUCAUCCGAAGGAGCACGCGGCGCUUCCGCCCUCCCUGGCCGACACCGUGACCGCUGCUACGGCGGCCAUAACAGCAGACCCCAACUUCACCGCCGCGCUCGCGGCGGCCAUAUCGUCGAUCAUCAACGGGAAUCAUCCGGCGACCGCAAGCGACAACCAUGACAACAGGAGCACUGCCAGUAGAACCAUUAACGAGGACGAUAACAACGCCACCACCAGCAGCAAAGACAUCAACCCGUCCAAUACCAAUUUUACGGCGACCAAAUAGUAAUACUCGAUCAUAAUCAUUCCAAGCUUUCACCGAUUCUUUUCUCCUCAUGCAUGUAAAUUAUUUCUUGUAUUUUACUAUGUAAUUGGACAAAUUAAACUCGCUUGUGCUUCUUCCCA